AUGGCCGGAGGCGACGCGUCAUCGGGGGCUGCGCCGGGGCCGGAGACGGCGAGGGAGGCGGAGGUGGACGCGGGGGGCUUCGAGUUCGCCUUCGACAACGAGGCCUUCUCCGACAGGGUCCUGCGGAUAGAGGUCGUCGGCGCUGGCCGGAAGCGCCGCCGUGAAGGUGAUGAUGGAGAAGGUAGUACACCAGUUUUACGAGUCAAGACCAUACAUAUCAGUUCGGUGAUUCUCGCCGCAAAAAGUUCUUUCUUUUUCAAAGAGGAAAAUGCCUUUAUGGAGCUUUUAUGGUUUAUGUACAAUGGAAGGUUGACACCAACAACUGACUCCACUCUUCUGGUUGAUAUCUUGAUGGCUGCUGACAAAUUUGAUGUCGUUUCAUGCACCAAGCUUUGCGGUCAGCGGCUCAUAGGCCUGCCUAUGACCCUAGAAUCCGCACUGAGGUGCCUAGAUCUCCCAUGUUCCAUUUCAAUGGCAGCUGACCUGUCAGAGGCAGCCAAGAAAUUCCUUGCUAAAAGAUAUGAAAAAUUCCUGUCAACAAAGUUCCAAGAUGAACUGAUGAGAAUUCCUCUCUCUGGGAUUGUGGCCAUCUUAUCAAGGAAUCUCCCCGGGGUUGCAUCCGAAAAAUCCGUUUAUGACUUUGUGCUCAGGUGGGCCGACUUGCAGUACCCAAAUUCAGAAGAAAGACGCAAGAUUUUAAGUUCAAGUUUACUUCCAAUGGUGCCACUAGCGCGUAGCAUGACCAAUGUGAUCCUAAUUGAUCAGCCGUCUUGUAUAAUUAACUUUAGUCUAAAGCGUGAGCACUGCUCUGGGAGCUUCUCAUCAGGAUCGAUGCGCUCGCCACCAUUCUAUUGUGCGGGGCAUGGUUUCUUUCUCUCAGCACACCGUAGAAUGGGGCCGUCCAACUCUUUUGUCCUCAUAAUACAGAAGCUAGAAGACAAGGGCCUAGUAAGGGGGACAUUAGAUUAUGAGAUUGAUGUAAAAACAACACCGUCGCUGGAGUUUACCACCUUGUGGAGGCGCACCACCACCACCGGUUGUAGGCAAGGUUUUGGAUGCAGGCUUCCUUGGCCGGAGGUCAUUCCUGACGAUAGCCCCUUCUUUGUCGAUGACAAACUCCAUAUUCGAGUUCAUGUGAAGAUAACGCUGCAGCCGUAG